CGCCCGCCUGAGGGAUCAUGUCGGGUCAGUCGAUCACGGACCGGAUCACCGCGGCCCAGCACAGCGUCACCGGCUCAGCCAUCACCAAGGCGGCCUGUAAAGCCACCACCCACGAGGUGAUGGGCCCCAAGAAGAAGCACCUGGACUAUUUAAUCCAGUGUACCAAUGAGAUGAAUGUGAAUAUACCACAGAUGGCCGACACUCUAUUUGAGAGGGCAACAAAUAGCAGCUGGGUUGUGGUGUUCAAGGCUCUAAUCACAACUCAUCACUUGAUGAUGUAUGGUAAUGAGCGUUUUAUCCAGUACCUGGCUUCAAGGAAUACACUGUUCAACUUGAAUAACUUUUUGGAUAAAAGUGCCAUGCAAGGCUACGACAUGUCUACCUUUAUCAGACGGUACAGCAGAUACCUGAAUGAAAAGGCACUGUCCUAUCGACUAAUGGCAGUUGAUUUCACUAAAAUGAAAAGAGGGACCGAUGGGGUAAUGCGGACUAUGAACACGGAGAAGCUGCUGAAAACACUGCCUCUGAUUCAGAAUCAGCUUGAUGCCCUUCUUGACUUUGAUGCAAACCCAAAUGAACUAACCAAUGGAGUAAUAAAUGCUGCCUUCAUGCUGCUGUUUAAAGAUUCCAUCAGGCUUUUUGCAGCUUACAAUGAAGGGAUUAUUAAUUUACUGGCUGCAUUAAAAACCAAUACAGUAGCAGAGAAAUACUUUGACAUGAAGAAAAACCAGUGCAAAGAGGCCUUGGAUAUCUACAAAAAGUUCUUGGCCCGAAUGACUAAGCUGUCUGAAUUCCUCAAAACAGCAGAGCAAGUUGGAAUUGAUCAGGGUGACAUUCCAGAUCUUACUCAGGCUCCCAGCAGUCUCCUUGAAGCAUUAGAACAGCAUCUGGCUUCACUAGAAGGCAAAAAGACUAAAGAGUUCUCUGCAGCAAGCAGAGCAAGUACUUUAUCAAAUGCUGUCUCGACUCUUUCCAACACGGGGAUGUCUUUGAGUAAAGUUGAUGAACGGGAAAAACAAGCAGCCCUGGAAGAGGAACAGGCUAGGCUACAGGCACUCAAGGCAAAGUGCGAUGCUAUUCCACCAGGAUUUCUGAUGCAGGAGCAGCGACUGAAAGAAAUGUCCAUGCAGCCCCAGUCAACAACAGCGUCCACCACUGUUUCUCCAAGCUCUACCUCGGGGAAAAGCAUCAGCACAACUGCGGGAGGGGAUUUUUUCUCUGCACCUGCAACCAUUAUGAACAGUGCACCGAGCCUAUCCAAUGAUAUUUUUGACUUGCAGUCUGCCUUCGUACCCACAGUGCAGAGCACCCCUGCCAUCUCAACUGCAGUCACUAAUGCAUGGGGAGAUGUAUUCAACUCUUUUACUGAAUCAAGCCCAGCUACAUCUACAAAAACUGAACAUUUUCCUGAGGUAGACCUCUUUGCUCCAGACGCUUUCACCUCUAAAGGACCCACUUCUGUUCCUGAAAUUGUUUCUUCCCAUGAUCCCUUUCUCGAUGGGUUUACUGGCUCCAGUAUAUUCAGUGUCUCCUCUGAAGUCAUUGACAUUUUUGAAGGAUUUGCUCCACAACCAAUCCCACAGAUGACUGCUCCAACAUCGCUGAAUGUGGACUUCGACUCUGUGUUUGGAUCUAAAUCAGCCCCCGGUGAUGCCAAGAAUGCAAGCGGUUUACAUCGACCAGGCGAACUGCUGAUACCAACUGUCCUAGCCAAAAAUCAGACAACUCCCCCAUCAAACCAGCAGAGUAGCAAGCUUCUUGCCAAUGACCUGGAUUCAUCCCUCGCAAACCUCGUGGGCAAUCUGGGUUUUGGAGGAACUCCAAUUAAAAAAAUGGAUCAGCAGUGGACCAAUAGCGGAGAAAGGAAACUGACCGGAGGAACAAACUGGCAGCCAAAGACAGCUACGUCGACUUCCUGGAACACUGGCCCCAUGUCUGUCCCACAAAUGAAUGGCUUGCAGUUUCCUGGAUAUGUGCCUGGCCCCAUAUCUUUCCCAAUGUCAACACCUCAAGUGCCUGUUUAUGGAAUGGUACCUCCAAUGGGAACUGUGCCAAUGGCAGCACAGCAGCCAAUGAUGUAUCCUCAGACUGCAAUGAGGCCAACUAACCCUUUUGCACCAGUUAAUGGAGCUCAGUUGCAGUUCAUGUAGAGACAGAGGAGCUGUGUCAAAACAAGGUUCACUAAGCACCAAAUAUCUGGAUGAAGGCAGAUGAACACAGACUCUAGGCUUUCUCGUUGUUUAAACUAUCUGUCACUGAGCUUACAUUAUCUCAUCAAUUCCUAAUCCACUUUACUAACGCACACACCAGAUUUGGAAAUCCAGUGCUGUACAGAGUCUGUCCAACCUGUCGUGGUCACUCACCCUCACACAGGCUCGAGUUCUGUAGUGGUCACUCACCCUCACACAGGCUCGAGUUGCUGUUGGUGUUCAGUAACACCCAUCAAGGGCAGGCAUUUUUCUUUUUCAUUGUUGAGCAAAACUAAAAUUGUUUUUGAUGAGAAAAGUCACAACUCCUUAUUGGUGACUGAACAGAAACCUGCAGAAUAAAAAGUUGAGGUUGAUACUGUAACUGAAUCUGGAUAAAGUUCUAAAAAUGCUAAUAAUUUCCAAAUCUACCCCCCCCCCCCACCCCGCGGCUUUAACCAGCCCCGAUAUGCGAGAAUUGUUGAAGGGUUUGGUUUACCAGUAUUUAUUGGGUAAUGGUAAGGCUUUAUAAGAACAUUUACAGAAAAUAACUUUAUUUUCACAAUUUUUUUAAUGUGUGGAAAAAUUCAAGCUAAUGGGGUGGGGGGGGGGAGAGACCCCUUAUAUAGUUAGAAACCUUGGAAAACUCAGCGUUAAAGUUGCAGCACAUUUCCCAGGUUACAGUUGCGAAUCUCUCCAACAUGUAAGGGUUUGAUCAGGGAUAUCUGAUGCGUAAACAUUCAGGACAAAUGGUGGAGGGUAACAGGUGGAGCAGGUGAAUUCAGUGUGCUUUGUUGAGUGGAUUUCAGAUUACAAUUAGUAUAUAAUAGUCUGGUCUGAUCAUGUGAAGACUUGAAUUUGCUGCAGGUUGCAAUGGAGUUAGCAUGUUCAGGGUGGAAGAGUUUCAAUUGCCAGCAGAGUAGGGAUAGUGAGUUGUAAGUGAUCCCUCAGGAGUAGUCUCUGUCUUACUCCUUGUCUUUCCAGACCAUGAAACCACAGCUUGUGUAUAAAAUAAAUUGAAUGGAAGGAUAUUGUGUUACAAUAUUACAGUACUGCAAAAUGACUGUCUAAGAAUGUAACUGUCAAUACACAGCAGAUGCCUCGGUUGUGCUUCUCUAGUCUGAAUGUAUAUGUGUGUGUGUGUGUGUGUUCAAAACAGAUGUGCUGCACAGUCUACAUCCUGGGAUUGCAGUUGAGCAAUUGAGAACCAAAUGGUGACUACAAAUCUUCUCACAUACUAAAACAAAGUAGAAAGAAUUCAGGACAAUUUUUCUCAGUCACAAGCAGUUUGAGGUUUGCUCUUCAUUUCUCACACCUGAAAUAGCACUUUCCCCUUUGCUUCCUCCCCCCUCCCCCCUAACCUAUAGCACUACUGUACUGUAAGUAUAGUGUCAAUCUAUAAAGGGUGAUUGUUCACACAGGUUGGACUGAAUCCUGUAUAACUUUGUGCCAACUCAGACUGUUCAGAUGUAGCUGGUGAUGAGUAACCACAAUUUUAUAUAACAAUUACUGUUGGAAUGUGAUGUAAAGUUUGGUAUGCAUAUAGCACAGCUCUUCCUUGUUCUAUAAAAUGCAAAAAUAGCCCAGAAGAUUUUGUAUUAGUUUAACUCUUUAUAAAAUUUAACUGCAAACUUACUGACCAAUGAUCAGAAGAUUGCAUUGUUCUGUUACUAUUUAUUUAUAAUUAUCAUUAAUGUUUUCCCCCUUCUUGAGUUUGCAAUGUUUUAAUACUUCACAUCACUUGUGUGGACUCGGUAUUUUGUUGAGGGGGGAACCAAACUGAAAUCACUUGGAGCAUUAGACAAGUUUGAGGAGUUUGGGAAUUUGCUGCUUGGUGUAAGAGACCCUUGCUCCUGCACUUGGAAUUUGCUGUCUUGCAUCUUUUUGAUAAGUUUAGAGUGGAACUCUUAUUCAAGCUUUUUUUUUUGGGGGGGGGUUGCGAGCAGGUAGAAGAGAGUGGGGGAGGGGAAAGGAAUGUGAAGUUGCAUCUGCACUCUUUUUGAAAUCUGCCAAAUAGGAUAAUGCUACACAAUUAUUUCUCUGGAUUUUCAUGUCAAUGCACAAGAAAAUAACUGUUGACUGCUUUAAUCAUUUUUUUUAAACUCCUCGUAUGUUACCCACUGAUUGUCCAACAUGCAUUUUCAAACUCUGGGCAAUAGCUGUGGAUUUUUGUUCUGCAGAUUUAUACAGUGCCAAGAAUGGAGGGGAACCUCCAGCGGCUGGCCUACAUACACACAGACUUCUGUCCUCUUUAUUUCAACACAGAGCAACACUUUUGAUGUAAUACAUUUGAACAAUUUAAAGAGACAGUAUUCACAUAUUAAGGUGUGCUCGUUUUAUGUUGGGUUUAGUUACCUUUCAUUGGUCAGACAAAUGGGAGUUGAUUUUCUUUCUACUCCUCCUCUUCGCCCAUCCCCAAAACAAAUGGCUGGAGACCUAACAAUUAAGAUAACUUGCUGUUUUGUUACUGAUUGUUGUUGUGAGCAGAGGGAAGCUAGUAACUGAUUGAUCAGGAGCCAGGCCGUGCACUUUUAAUUUCUGGCAUGGCCCAGACCAAAGAAGGCCAGGUGGACCUUUCAUCCCUGAAAUGUGCUAUAAUAUGUAGACCAUAUUACAGUAUGAAGCACCCUGUCUGUAGCACCAUUGAAGAGUGCUCCUAUGCUGGCUACGUGCUGGAUCAGCCUAGAGGUAGAAUGAAUUUGUUGCAUAAAAUGCACCUUGUAAAAUGAACAAUCACAAUAUUAUCCUUCCAAAAGCUUGGAAUUUGCCAUCACUUCAGAGUUGGGGCUUGCCUGUCGAGAGCUUUGCUGGCUUGUGGGCUGGAGAAGCAGGCUGCAUUGUCAAGCCUGAUAAUAAGUUAGUAUUACACAUAAAGUUUAUGCAGGUAACUGAUAAAAGGCUUAGAAUAAGGAAAUGGCAAAUUUUAGGCAUUCAUUUGAUAGCAAUAAAUAACUGUACAUGUCUCUGAUGCCAACUAAAACCUGUUUAUUUCUCUCCAUAACAUUCAGUGGAGCCUGCAGAACACUGUCAAUUCAAAGCAGAUAUCAGAAACUUCAUAUGUUUAUUAUUCAUUAAAACAUCCCCUUGGGAAAGUGCUAUUCCCCUCAUUUUAACUUGUUCCACAUUGUACAGUAUUUGGUAUCCUUUCUGGUUGUGAAAUGAAUGCUAGAGUUGCAAUUUAACCCCAAAACUAAUGCUAGGGCCCCUUUUUACUAGACAGUGUCAGGGAGUUGUGCUCUUAUCAAGUGCCAAUAACUACUACUCAUCUGUACAGAACAAGCCCGAAACAAACUGCACAACGUAUGUUUCGAUGUACACGAGGUGAAGCGUUGGUUUUAGAAGGAUUUUUGUUUUGCAGGUAUAUAUCCUUGUAUCUUUAUAUGCAAUUUAAUUUGCUCACAUUUACAAGGCAAUUACCUAUUACCUCUCCCUCCUCCUCUUCCCCCCCAUCUCUCACUUUUGUAAUUUCAUUAGAUUUGGUUUGAAUGGAGGCUCCCAUUGAAGCUUGUAUAUAAAUAUUUUUGUAAAACAAUGCAGGCUUUAGCUCUGAGGUUGGGGUUCUUGGUGCUACGAUGUUGGGUCAGUAAAUGGGAUGAUCAAUGAGGGAGAAUAUUAAUGUGACCACACAUCCUUACCUGAAUGCUGUCUCUUCAAAUUCCUAAACAGUAUACUACGUUUAGAUGCUUCCCUCAGUACAGUCUUGAACCUAAAGUCACACAACCACCUCUUAAGAGUUAAGUGACUUCAAAAAUGAGUCGCAUUGCUAGAAGUAUUUCCUUCACACUAUAAACUACCUUUUGCACCAUUAACAGGCUUGUUACAUAUUUAGUGUAUUAAUGCAAUCCAACAUUUAUAUGUAUCACUGUGGUAAAUGUGUGAGCACUGAAAAUGGGGCAAUUACCCUUGAUUUUAGUGUUAGGUGGGAGGGGGGAGUGAACAAUAUAAAUAAAUUACAGCACUGUGGAUCGGUGCUUCUUUGUAAAUAAGUGCAGGAAUUUCCUUUCUGUUUUGGGUAGUUUGUGCUGUGAGGGGAAAAUACGAUCUUUCUGUCAAUUGCAACAAAUGAAAUGACGCUGUUGUAUUGCAUUUUUGCAGAUUAUAUUUUUUGAGUAAUUGAAACUUGUAUAUGUUAUCAUUUAUACAUUUACAGUAACUAGUAAACAUAGAAAAAUAGCAAAUUUCAUCAGGGUUGUAUUUGAUUCUGAAAUCCGUGUAUGGGCAAGUGCAUUAUUGCAUAAUAAACAAAAUGUAUGAAAA